AUGGCGACGCGGCGAAGUGGGGCUAGCAGACUGAAUAAGCUGGAACAGCAGCGCUGCGUAAUCACCGCUUGUGGCUUCGGUCACAAAACUGGAUGCUUCGGGUCCGGGACAGUUGUGGGAAGACGUGCGCCAGACGUACGACGAGCUUGUUCAUUCAAAAUUCAACUGCUAAAGAGACCACGGCCGAAGACGACGGACGACGACGGCGAAGACCGCGAAAACGCAGGGGUCAAACGAACGUGGACCAGUCAAUCGGAAGUCGUUGACAUGAGCGCGUCGGUUGUGCUAGUACCAGUGACCUUGCGGAUAUUCCUGGUGGAGUCGAUGCUGAUACUGAUAUUGAUGCUGAUCGGCGUUGAUGCAAGAGUGCUGAAGGAAGAUUUGUGGGAGUCAAAUGGAUGUGAUAUACCUGGACAAACGAAGAAAGGUUUCUGCACGGAAGCAGGCAACUGUGCGGCUUAUCAGAAGCUUUUGAAUGAUAGUGGGGACAAUUCUAUCGAAAGAGAAGACUUUAUCCAGCAAUUGCAGUGUGGCAAGUUCGAUGGAGAUCGCGUCUGUUGCCCUGAUAGUGAUAACUACCAAAUCGGUGUUUAUGAAGAUGCUGUCAUGUGUGGUCAAGCUGCCUAUAGUUACCGCAUUCGAGGUGGGAUGAUUGCUGAUAUCGACGAAUUCCCCUGGACAGCCAUGCUUCUAAGGAUGCACCGAAAAUCGCAAUCUCUGUAUUAUCACUGUGGUGGUGUUCUGAUAGGGAAACGUUUCGUUCUAACGGCAGCGCACUGCAUCGUGCCGAAGGUUGGCGAUUCAAAGCAGGAUCCAUUAAAAUACGUCCGUCUGCGAGAGUACGACGUCUUCCAGGAUCCGGACUGCAUGAUGUCCAGCGGUUUCAUGGAUUGUUCCGAAGAAAAGUUGGACAUGAAACCACGCAAGUUGAUAGCACACCCGGGCUUCACAGCGGGCUCCGCCGGGAGAAAUCACGACAUUGGACUCAUACAAAUCGAUCCGAUUCCGUCGUAUUCGGAUUUCCUACUACCGAUAUGCCUCCCGGAAGCGGGCCUCGACCAGGGUGAUCGUCGAGGCCGAAAGCUCAACAUUGCCGGUUGGGGAAAAACGGAUUUUUUUGCUGAAGUGGGAGCGAUAAGUUGGAGCCCGAUAAAGAUGAAGGUGGCCCUACCAUUCGUUGCCUGGGAAGUGUGCCAUGACGUUUAUAAGCCGUUGGGAGUGGAUCUGCAGCGAACGCAGAUCUGCGCCGGUGGUCGUAGGGCAAGGGAUUCAUGCGCUGGGGAUAGUGGAUCUCCAUUGAUGCAUUACGAUACGAAAAAUGCAGUUUGGGUCCUAACGGGUAUAGCUAGCUUUGGAGUUAGGGAUUGCGGGAUGGAGGGUAUACCCGGGGUUUAUACCAGUGUGAAAGAACAUCUAACGUGGAUAAAAGAAAAUAUUAGUAAUGCCUAGCUACA